AUGUUUUUCAGCGCAGCUACCGAGGAGUUGGAUUCGUAUUUUCCUAUUAGACCUGAAUGCCAAGCUGAUGUUCCCAAGACCCGCUUCAAAGCUAGGGUAGGGAAAACUCUCAGUCCAAGAAGAUGGCAUGCCGCAUUUUCUGAAGAUGGUCAUUUGGACAUAGCAGGUGUUCUUAGAAGAAUCCAGAGAGGGGGCAUUCAUCCAACGGUCAAAGGGGUAGUUUGGGAAUUCUUGUUGGGAUGUUUUGAUCCCAACAGUACAUUUGAGGAAAGAAAUGAGGUCAGACAAAAGCGGAGUGGAAAGAUAAUCACCUCACCUAUAAUUUCCGAUGAUGGUCAAUCAAUUCAAGAUCCUUCAAACAGCUGUAGUACCCCACAUGAUAACGGUGCUUUGUCAAGUGAUGGUACUUUGGACAAAAGAGUGAUUCAGUGGAAACUUAGUUUGCAUCAAAUAGGUUUGGAUGUUGUUCGCACUGAUCGUGCUCUUGUAUUUUAUGAGAAUGAAGCUAAUCAGGCAAAGCUCUGGGAUGUUCUCGCUGUCUAUAUUUGGAUGGACAAUGAUAUUGGGUAUGUUCAAGGAAUGAAUGACAUAUGCUCUCCGAUGGUUAUUCUUCUCGAACAUGAAGCUGAUGCCUUCUGGUGCUUUGAGCGUGCAAUGCGUAGACUGAGGGAAAAUUUCAGGAGCAAUGCGAGUUCAAUGGGAGUGCAAACUCAACUGGGUACCCUAGCACAAAUUAUCAAAGCUAUUGAUCCAAAGCUCCAUCAGCACCUUGAGGAGCUGGAUGGCGGUGAAUAUUUGUUUGCAAUUCGAAUGCUGAUGGUACUAUUCCGGAGAGAGUUCUCAUUUGUUGAUGGAUUGUAUCUUUGGGAGGUCAUGUGGGCCAUGGAGUACAAUCCAAACAUCUAUUCGUUGUAUGAAAAGUCGAGUGACCCAAAUUCUUCUAGUACCCACAAAAAUGACGAAGCUAAAGUAAAUAGUAAGAUGCUCAAGCAGUAUGGAAAAUUCGAGAGGAAAAAUGUGCAAACUGGAUGGAAAGACCAAAGAGGCGCUCUUGCUGUUUUCCUUGCUGCUAGUGUUCUUGAGACAAAGAAUAAGCGACUUCUGAAAGAGGCUCAAGGGCUAGAUGAUGUCGUCCAGAUUUUGGGUGAAAUCACUGGAAAUUUGGAUGCCAAAAAAGCAUUGCACGAGGCAUUGAAAAUUCACAAGAAGUAUUUGAAAGCAAAGAAACCGUAG